AUGUUUGCGAGGACUGCACGUGCCACAAAGCAUCUCACUCAGACCCGCUUCGCGCACCCAAGUAUAAUCAACCAAAGCACACGCCUCUUUGCAGCCAGCGCCAUCAGCAUGACGAAGAUCAGCGAAACCAUCAAGACGGACCAUCGGGACCUCGAGGGGUGGUACCAGAAGAUUAUCAACCCAACCAGCGAGGACGAACAGGUUCGAGCACAGAACCAGUUUGUGUGGGAGCUUGCAAGACAUUCACUUGGCGAGGAACUGGUUGUUUAUCCGGCUUUAGAAAAACACGUACAGGGCGGCAAGGCGCUGGCUGAUAAGGAUCGGGAGGAGCACCAAGUGGUCAAAGAACUGCUCAAAAAGUUCCAAAACAUGAAGCCAGCAGACACGGAAUACAUGCCCACAAUCAAAAGUCUCAUGGACAACCUGUCACAGCACAUCAAAGAAGAAGAGAGUGAAGACCUUGUACGGCUCGAAAGCGCGCUGGACCAGGCCGACAGCGAGAGCCUGACCAAAUCAUUCCAUCGCACGAAAAUGUUCGUGCCGACGCGAAGUCAUCCGAGUGCACCUGCAAAGCCGCCAUUUGAGACGGCAGUGGGUUUGAUGACGGCGCCCAUCGAUCAUUUGAAGGAUCUGUUUAGGAAGUUCCCGGAUCAGAAGAUUAGUCCGAAUCCAUCGAUGAAGUAG